AUGGUCCUGGAUGCUAAGAUGCUGCCAUACGCCGGCUACUUUGGAGGAGUUUCAGGACUCAGUAAAAAACAGUUUCUGAAGAUAAACGGCUUCCCCAACGAGUACUGGGGCUGGGGGGGGGAGGACGACGACAUCUACAACAGGAUCACUCUGAAUGGGAUGAAGGUGUCCAGGCCAGACGUUCGCAUCGGCCGCUACAGAAUGAUUAAACACGAGAGAGACAAACACAACGAGCCGAACCCACAGAGGUUUAAUAAAAUCCAGAACACGAAGAACACAAUGAAGAAGGACGGGAUCAGCUUUCUGACCUACAGAGUGAUUCAGUUCAAGAGGUACGCUCUGUACACAAAUAUCUCUGUGGAGAUCGGCAAACCACCGCCCCGGCCUAUAAAGGGCUAGAGAGCGACAGACGAAGGGAGGAAGUCGACAUGCUUUGCCAGGAUGGAAAAAGAUGAGCAGAAGAGGGAAAUCAGGAGAUCACAUAUCCUAGACAUCUGGAAAGAUGCAGGAGUUAAAGGACAGAGGGAAAAGUCCCAAGCACUUAAUGAUCUCUUUCUCCCUCUUUACUUUUUUUUUUUGUAAUUUGAGUUUGCCAUUUCUGUAACAAGGACCCAGGCUCUUUCCAACAGUUUUAAGCAGCCACUGGCUUCACAGCUCCUACCUUUGCCAAUCAGUGACUUCAGGAUUGAAAGAGUGUGGAGCAAAGCUUGAAUAUCAGUGGCCGAUCAAAGGUUGGCUGCAAACUUGGAAGCUGAUACUUGGAGUCUUUCAUUUACCAAUCUUCUGAAAACUGGAAGUCGUCCAGUGGCAUAUCGACAGAGGAUAUUGAAUUUUUUCUGGGAGUUAAGAGAUGAGACAAUAACGUCAUUUGAAACUUUGGAAACUGUUUUGAAUUAUUCGCCUUCAUCGAGUGGGAUUUCUUGAAAUAUUUGACCAAGUUCAUAUAAACUGAAGGGAAAAUAUUUUUUUCAUGGAUACAAAGAGAGAAAGGAGAUGUGGUGUUUGCCGGAUUGGAAAUGGAAUAUCAGGAAUAAUGAACAUGGUGAACAAAAAAGCUUAAAAACAUUGUGUUUCCCAAGCAUUCACAGUGAUGGUCAAGAGAAUAACAUUAACACGAUAUGAAAACAUGCAGUGAUGCUCUUUAGACUUGUACAUGAAAGAUUGCCUAUCAAAGAAAUCGUCUGACGCUCAUCUUUACAAAUGAUGGUAAUAGAUGAUUUCAUAUUAAAAUCUUUGUCAGGGAGUUUUGAUCUAAUUACUUCAUCAAAUCCUCCGAUAUCAAUUAAUGAAUGUGUAUUGUGCCUGCAUCUACUGUGCUGGGACACGCUGAUCCAACAUGUUCGUCAGCAGCAACAAACCCCCGAGAACUCUCUUUUUGUUCUCUUUUUUAUAUACAUAUAUAUAUAUAUAUAAACUCAAACUUUGGAAGCAGAAACUGAACUUUUGAAGUAACUCAUGUGCUGGAUGCAAUGACGUGGAACCACCUUGGGAAAGUCAUCAAAUCAAAGAACCGAAGACAAGGCGGAGAUACACUGACAGCCCAGUCGUGAUUCUAAACCCAUGUUUGGCACAAAUUGGAGAUUAGGUUUCUGAAAGCUUUGUUUGUUUCCUUUCACCCCCUUGAAAAAAAAUAGAGAUUUAUUUUUAGUAAUCUGGGCUUUAAAUGUACAUUUUUGUCUCUACACGGUGCAAACGGAUUGAGUUGCAUUAAUUAUCUCCAAGAUACUGAUUUGACUAAGUAGUCAUUAAAAAAUCUGACAUUUACCACCUUUACUGGACAGCAAGGGGUUAAACUGAACCGCCAGAUUAGUAGUGGCUCAUAUUUUACAGGAAAAAGUGUUUUUUUAAUUUUUAAUUAUCUCAAUCAAUCCAUUUACUAUCUCUGCUAUCAUUUUUUCUAAAUCUUUAAGAAAAAGAUGAUCAUAUCCGGAAAGAGGAAAUGAUAGGUCGAUAUUGUUCUGCUGGUGGAAAUGGUUAAUUUUAAGACAGUAAUGAGUUUGAGCAGUUUGACUGACAUCUCUAUUGCUGCUUCAGAUGUUAUCAUUACCAGCUGUCAGCUCUUUAUUCAAAUCUACUUUAUCUCACUUUUUCAUUAAUGAUAGCUACAUUUUCAUAACUUUUCCUCAUGUGAAAAAUCCACAAACUAAAUCUUAGAUCAUGACUUCCUCCAUCCGCUUUAUUGAAGCCUUUGACUGUCUCAUGUAUUGAACAUUACUCUUCUUCCCUUGUUUUAUUUUUCCUUGUCUCUACUGUUGACGCCUAAACACCAAACUGAUGCCUUCAGAAGUGAUCGAUACUAAAGGGGCAGGGACGGUUAUUUCUUAUUUAAAAGGGUACAAAUGAUUUGGGUACAAAAUUAAUCGAGGAAGUUAUGUGUUUUGAGAUGUCAUCGAGAAAUUAAACAAUAUUUGUUUCAGUUUUGUACAUUUUUAAAUAUUUUCACCCAUCGAAAAUGGUUAAACAGGCAGAAGAUUAUGCAACGCAGCACCUGUUUGAAUUAGGUAUCAUUCAGGACAAAUUGGGGCUUUUAUUUUGGUAAAGAUAAUGUACAGUAUAGCCUCCCCUCCCCAGCCUCGAGGCAAUGAUAAUGCUCCCAGCUGAUUGGCUCUCCGUUAUCUUUGCUGAAAGCCUGUUGGACGGUUUGAUUACUCCUCUCUCCGCCUCUCACCCAAAAUGCAUUCACACAGUCUUCCCUUUUUUCUUUGCAUUAUCUCGCCUUUCAUUGCCUUUUCUUUCUUUCUUUCUCUGCCAGUCCAGGCUGUGUGUGUCAAUGGCACUUUGUUGUGCUUUGCGGAGGGCCCACUUCAGGCACAGCUGUGUCUCACAAGAGUGCUUCUUCUUUCAAUAGCUAUCGACAGAGCCUCUCUUUGUGUCUCUGAAUCUGUGCCACUUACUGUCUGCAUCUUUAUUUUUCUAUCUCACUACACUUCCCUAUUUGUGAAUCCUUCUGUUUCCCCCCUUUGCUUAUUUUUCCUUUUCACCUCCAUUGAUAAUCUCCUGGUGAUUUGAAGUGUCCUCAGUGGGCAGACUACCUGUUGAGAAUAAAAUAUCUUCUCUAUACUGUUUACAGCUUAACAAGUGCAAUAUUACAGAUGUGUUCACAUCCACCACAUAUCCUGCUUCAAAAUCAUUGUUUUCAAGCGGUAUGUUAGGUGACAACACUUCUUAAAGGUUAGUUCUAAUGCAGUCAUGCUUGUUUUCCUCAUAUUCAUCUCAUGUAUUUGAAAUCUCUAGUGAUCACUCUAUUGAUUUUAGUGUUCUGCUUCCAUAUAGGUUAGAAUUGGAGCAGCAUAUGCCGACAUAUCCUGACUUUUAGUUUCUAGUAUGUAUUUAAUUCAUGGCUUCAAAGUACAUGUUACAUGCACACUCACAACAAGUAGAAACUACAGUUUACACUUUUAAGAAAGAUUUCCUCAAGACCCCCUUUCUGGUUAAAGAACACGCACAUUUCCCACAUUUGAAGUUGUGCGUUAAAAUGGGGGAAAAUAUUUCUGGAAUCAGCCGCUGCCUCCAUCUCACAGCUCUAUUAGAGUAUCACUUCCUGCUAAAGGCCCACUUUCAUUACCUACACCUACAGCUCAUUAAGUUUCGGUCAAGAAAAAAAACCAUGUCUCGAGCCAAAAGCGAUGUAACCCUGAUGACCUGAUUCCUUCUUACUUUUAAAAGCUCAUUCCACAGCAGAAAUGAUAAUGCAAAUUGAACUUCAAAAUUAAGAUGAAUUCCUUUUCAUUAAGGCUACUCAAAUAUUACAGGCAACCCUUAAUGGGAUCAGUUACAUGAAGAAAGCUGAGGAGUGACGGGUAUUGGAACAUGGAUAACAAGAGAGGCCCCAAUGUGUAUUAAACAGAAACACGGGAGAUAUGUAAAAGAUCAGCAGCCGAAACUCCAGCAAAAAAAGUAUUUGAAAACAUCUCAUUCACUGGAGGAUAGAAACCACUGUGAGGAGCGCUUGAUGUUUCUUAAUAGACUCUUGAGUUUUGAAGCCGUUCUACUUGUCAAGCUCACCUCAGGUGGUGGUAUAUUCGCAACACUUUUCUUCAAAUACUUUUUUUUGCUGCAGUGAGCAGACGAGACUUCUAGGCCUGUGGGCGUUUUUAAACAUUUACUCUAGCUAUGUUUUUUUUGUACAUUGAAUGUUGAAAAUGUUAUAUCUUAUAUAGAAUGCAUUACGUCAUAUCAAACCUACUUUUUCUAUACAAUCAAUAAAUCUGAUGGUUAAAGAUUA